UUCAAGCACUUGAUAGUAUUCACUCUUGUUUUCCCUCGUUCUUUUUAUCUUCUUCUUUAUUCAUAAGUAAAUCUUAUAAUGGGAAGUAUAUCUUUAGAACCUCUAGUUCUUGGGAAAGUGAUAGGAGAUGUUAUUGAUAAUUUCACCCCAAGCAUUAAAAUGAUUGUAACUUACAACAACAAAGAAAUCUUCAAUGGUUAUGAGCCCUUUCCUUCUACAGUUAGCACAAGGCCAAGGGUUGAGAUUCAAGGAGGGGACAUGAGGUCCCUAUUUACACUGAUCAUGAUAGACCCGGACGUUCCUGGCCCAAGUGAUCCUUAUAUGAGAGAACACUUGCACUGGAUGGUGACUGACAUUCCAGGCACAACAGAUUCCACAUUUGGUAAAGAGUUGACAAGCUAUGAAAUACCAAAGCCUAACAUAGGGAUCCAUAGGUAUGUGUUCGUCCUUUUCAAGCAAAAGAAAAAGCACUCAAUUACUACUCCUUCUUCAAGGGAUCACUUCAACACAAGAAGUUUUUCAAUGCAAAAUGACCUUGGUGUCCCUGUUGCUGCUGCUUAUUUCAACGCAAGGAGGCCAACUGCUGCUAGAAAACCUACCUAUAUAUAAUAAUAUAUAAUAACAAUAAUAACAACUCUUGAAAUUACAAUUGUUCUUGUUACAAUUGUUCUUGUUAAUUAUCAUCAUGAUUAUUUAAUA